AUGGACGUCCGUCCCGCCAAGAGGCAACGGAGACGCGUCUGUUUGUCGGACGACGACACUGAUGUUCAAAUUGACGAUGGCACGACGCAGUCAAGGCUACCACUGAGAACUCCGGUUGCCAACAACACCACAGAUGUUCACAGCAAUGUCAAGUCAAAUUCGAAAGCCCUUCCCUUGUUGCCAUCACAAUCGAAACCGAAUAGUCUCCUCUCGCACACGUCGAAGAGGAGCACCCACUCCGGCCGUACGGCCUCCUCAUCUCCCAAGAAAGACAGGAAGGUGAACCAGGCAUCGAAUAGUUCAUCGACCGGGAAAUCUCUGCAUAAUUACUUCCAACAUGCAACGGACGAGGAGCGUUGGUCUUCAAAGAAGUUCGAGGCGAGGCAUCUGUUAACGUUGGCGGAGAGUGUCGAGGACGACGACGAUCGCAUCGAGGAUGAUUACGACUCUUAUGACGAAAUCUUUACUCAGCAUAUCGUCAAUGGUAAGCUAGGCUUGAAUGUUGAUUCAGAGUCAGAAUCGAAUCGUGGAAACAAGCGCCAUCCUUCUCCUUCUCGGCGAACUAGCCAUUCGAAAAGAGUAUCCAGUCCCGCCAAAUGCUUUGUUUUGCCUCCAAGUCCAGUCUUGAAGAAUACGAGUCAAGUACCGCAGAGGUCUAGAGUGAAAUAUGAUGACGGUCUACCGUGGGCUCAGCGAUUUUGCCCAUCUAGUCUGGAAGAAUUGGCUGUUCACAAGAAGAAGGUCGCGGACGUCAGGGAUUGGUUGAGUAGUGUCUUCAAGAGGAGGAAUAUGCGAGGAUUGCUCGUUCUUCGUGGUCCUGCGGGAUGCGGAAAGACAACUACCGUAUCAUUACUUUCGAAAUCACUCGGAUUUGAUAUAGUUGAGUGGAAGAAUCCUUCGUCUGCCGAUCCUACCUUGGGAGGCUACAUGUCCAUUGGCGCGCAGUUCGAGGAGUUUCUUGGACGGGGCGAUAAAUUUGGAGGUCUUGAUCUAGAUGGGAUGAAUGACACUGCUUCAGGCAAAGAAAAUGGAGAUGUAUAUUCAUCUCAACGACGCAUAUUACUUAUUGAGGAAUUUCCUACCAUCAUAAAUCGAAGUUCUUCUGGUCUAGCUGCUUUCAGAUCGUCUUUGCAACGAUACCUUGCCGCAGCUGUUCCUUCUUUGUCUGAAGGCUCUCAUCACGGCCGCCCUGGAGUGCAAGCGAGUCCUCCCAUUGUCGUCAUUAUCACUGAGACACUUCUUACUUCUGCCGCUUCCAUAUCCGAUAACUUUACGGCUCAUAGGCUUCUUGGGCCGGACAUCUACAACCACCCGGGUACUACUAUCAUUGACUUCAACAGUAUUGCACCCACGUUCAUGUAUAAAGCUUUGCAAUUAGUAAUGGAAAAGGAAGCCUGCUGCUCAAAACGCACCAAAGUCCCAGGGCCAGCUGUUCUUGAGAGAAUUUCCGAAAUAGGUGAUAUCCGAAGUGCGAUAUCCUCGUUAGAGUUUCUUUGCCUUAAGGGUGAUGAAACAAAAGAUUGGGGAGGCAGCCUAUCCAGCAAAAUGAAGAGAUCCUCCCGCAAAAAGGUAGCUUUGACAUCUAUGGAGAAGGACUCCUUGGAGAUGAUCACACAGAGGGAAGCUAGUCUAGGAAUAUUUCACGCUGUUGGGAAAGUUGUGUACAACAAACGCGAAGAUGCCAGUCUUGUGCCGGAAGGCACUGAAAUUCCACCGCCACCACCUAGCCAUCUACGCCAACAUUGGCGCCCAAAGGUCCCUCAGGUCUCCGUCAAUGACCUUGUUGAUGAGACAGGGACUGAUAUUCAGACAUUCAUCUGCGCCCUACAUGAGAAUUACGCGCCAUCUUGUGAGGGUCAGUCUUUUACAGAUACUAUUGAUGAAUGCAUAGAAGGACUAUCAGACAGUGAUAUUUUAUGCCCCCAUCGUCAAGGUAUACAGAGCCCAUGGUCUGCGGCUGGUGUUGGUGCGACAUAUUUCAACGCGGGAGUGGACAUGCUACGACAAGAUGAGAUUAGCUUUCAGGUUGCCACACGCAAGUUACUCUUUUCUCUUCCCAGCCCAGUGAGACGACGGGUACCUUCCUCGGGCAGCCAGGGGCGUGUGAGAGAUCCGUACAAGAUGUUCUUCCCGGCAUCGUUACGGUUAUGGUCAGAGUCUGAGAAAAUAGAAGGAUUGAUAUAUUUGUGGACAAAACGGAUACUGGAUCCAUUUUUGCGGCCAAUUCUUAGCCCAAGUGACUCGAACUCUGUGUAUAAAGCAGACAGCGUACGAUCUUGGAAGAGUCUUGGAGUUGGCAGUCUCUCCUUCAUGGACAGUGAGGACCCCGUUGAUCCUCGGACAAAAGCCGUGACAAUGAUUUCCCGUGAUGAUAUGCUACUCUUUCAAUUACCGUACCUGGCCAAAAUCUUUCCCCGGGAGGUCGGCAGGGAACUCGAGGGGUUGACCUCCUUCCGCGGCGUUGAAGCUCCAAGUGACAUAGUGGGUAAUGGCAGCCUAGAUAUGCUGGAAAAUCCGGGAAUUAACCAAUCUUCGUCGUUACCUCUGAGAGCAAGGAUUUUGAACGAAGGCAUGGUUGCUGCCCAUGCCUUUGGAGCACAGCUUCCACCUUCUGUAGAAGAUGGGGGGAAGCUUAUUCUCAGCGAUGAUGACAUUGAAGAUGACUGA